AUGUCCAGUAAAAGAUUUGGGAGGUCAAAAUUGUUGAGAGAAGGGUAUAGGAAGAGCCCCAGAUUGUCUGCUUUGGAAGAUUUGAAGGCUAGUGGCACUAGAUUUGGUGCUAUUGCUGGUAGUACUAGCACACAACAAAUGAAGAGCUACUUGGGUUAUGAACAAGGACCAGCUUCUAAGACAAGAGCUAGAAAGAAGAGAAGACUCGCUCCUCAGGAUGGGGCUGCCUACCUUUCUCGUUCAAGCUCACCAAAUUUGGGUCCAGUGACAACCAGUCAAGAAGAUAACCAAACUAGUAGUGAUCCCCAGGUAGUCUGGCCUCGUAAAGAUAUUCGAAAACCGGCCUCAACUGAUCAACAAUCCUCUGCUCUAUCUGCAUUGUGGUUGCCAGAAAAGCGCAUACUUGAACUGGUUCUAGACAUACUACAGAGGAGAGAUACAUAUGAUAUAUUCGCUGAGCCAGUUAACCGCAGUGAGGUUCCGGAUUAUUAUGAUAUUAUCGAAGAGCCUAUGGAUUUUGGGACCAUGAGGGCAAAACUACAUGAAGGAAUGUAUAAAAAUCUUCAGCAGUUUGAGCAUGAUGCAUUUUUAGUAACAGAAAAUGCAAUGCAUUUCAAUCCUUCAGUUACCAUUUAUUUUAGACAGGCGCGCUCCAUACAUGAACUAGUUAAGGAGGUAUUUCACAUUUUGAACACUUAUCCUGAGAAGUUGGAGUCAGAUUUUUUAGAGGCUAGACAAAGAACUGUUAGGAGGGCCCAAGUUGAAGUUGGAAAGCCAGACUCAUGUCCUAAAGUUGCUACAGAUAUGAACCCUUUUGGCAUGAUGAUUGGUGGUUCAUCAAAAGCUGUGGGAUUCUCACUUAAUGGUACAUCAAAUACCAGGAGAGCUCCAGCACAAACUGGGGGCACUUGUAUUGGUACAGGAGUACAAAAACGUCUUUCUGGUGCUAAAGAUGAUGGAAGAUCUAGGUCUUUUGAAGCAGAUCGACGCUACACAUAUCGACCUUGGAACUACUUCCCCAGCCAGAUUGAGUCUACUGGUUUGACAUUAUCCAGUGAUCUAAGACAACUUGAGCAUGUAAAUCACCAGGAUAUUGAUUACAGAGAAAGCUUAAUAUCAUUUGUCAGGGAUUUAGGACCAACAGCUAAGAUGAUUGCUAGAAAGAAACUACUUGGAUGUCUCCAACAGCAAAAAAGUCGCUUUCCUUUGGCCUAUACCUGUGCCGAGAGAGCACCUAGCACUACUUCUUUAGUUGCAGCACCCUCUCAGGGAGGACAUCCUGCGAUUAUGAAGACCACUCGUACUACAUUUCAACUGCCAUCCAGUGGUGAUCAAAGUAAUUCACAUUCUGCAUUUUAUCAAAAUCAUAGGAAUGAGAUUAGUCAGCUGGAUUCUUAUCCCUUGAAAGCUCACAAUGGAGACCGCAGUUGCAUAGCUACUGGGUUACAAAGCUCUGGCAACAAUGAGAUUCAUCAGCUGGAUUCUUAUCCCUUGAAAGCUUACACUGGAGACCGCAGUUGCAUAGCUGCUGAGUCACAAAGCACUGGCAACAAGUCAACAGCAAUGAUAUUAAACCGAGGUAAGCUGCCUAAUCAUGCAGAGUCUUUCGUUGCAGUUUCAGACUCUGAGUCUAAUGUGUUGAGAAACCGAAACCUGGAAGUUGCAAGUCUUAGUAAAAACAGCUGCACAUAUAAAUUGACUCCUGCUCCUGUGAAAGAAGAUGAUGAACCAAAAGCUGCUCAAGGCCAAAGUCAUAAAAUCAGAACUUUAUCUCACAUGAGCCAUGUGCUAAAACCAGACCGAUUCAAUCCACUGUCUCAACAGUUCACAUUCGAUCUGCCAUAUUGGAGAGCUCAACUUGGUAAGAUAAGUUCUUCAGGUCAUGAGGUGCCAUAUUGGAGAACUCAACUUGCUAAGGUAAGUUCUUCAGGUCAGGAACAAUUCUUGCAGAAUGGUUCCAAGUGUUGA